AUGAAGACUGUUGCCGCUAUUGUUGCCGUCGUGGCUGUGGCCGCUACCCUGGCCGAGGCAGGAUACGUCGCUCCGUACGCAGGCCUUGCUGCCGCCCAUCACUCCGGGGAGUACUACGACGAUCACCACUACUCUGGAGCGCUCGGUUACGCCGCGUCGUACGCUGCGCCAUAUGCCGCCUAUCACUACAACCCUUCCGGCACCUACAGCUACUGGGGAAGCCAUGGUCCGACGGUGGUACAGGAAAACGCGGCUUCCUUGGCGCACCCCCUCCAUGGAGAGCACCUGUACUCGCCCUAUUCAGCGCCGUACGGGCUCUAUGGACCGGCGAAGGCCACCGUAGUGCAGGCUAACUUGGCUACUGCUAAUCCCUGGGGCUAUCCGUCGGCCUACGGUGCGUACGGGCACGGGUACGGCUACGGGUACGACAAGUACCUGACCGCAGUCCCGGCUACCAAGUAUCUGUUGUAAACUACCAAAAAGUGUUCUGGAAAAUGUUAAUAAAAAUUGGUAACGUUCUGUUGUGCA